CGGGGCCGGGCACGCGUGCGCACUGGCUGCGCGGCGGCAUUGCUGCUGGGUGGGCCGGCGCCGCGGUCCCCGUAGCCAUGGGGUGGGAUGCGGCCGCGGCGCCGGGGACCGGGUAGCGACGACGAGCGGCCGCGGGGUGGCGGAGUCCGCGGACGGAGCCGGGCGAGGGGACGGCCCCGCAGGCGCCCGCGGCAGCGAACGGGGUCAGCGUUCUGACCGAAGCCCUCGUUCGUCGAUGAUGGAGAUGGAGCCGGAGAAAGUCAGCGCGCGGAGGGGGCUGAGCGCAGACACGUCCUCCUACCGCUGCGCCGCCUGCCACGGGGAUGAGGACGCUGUGCUGGGCCACCCCAUCCGGGGUCGCGCCAAGUCCCGCAGCCUGUCUGCCGCGCCCGCCCUGGCGAGCACCAAGGAGUUCAGGAGGACCCGCUCUCUGCACGGGCCGUGCCCCGUGACCACUUUUGGACCAAAGGCCUGUGUGCUGCAGAACCCCCAGACCAUCAUGCACAUCCAGGACCCUGCCCGGCAGCGGUUGACGUGGAACAAGUCCCCAAAGAGCGUCCUCGUCAUCAAGAAGGUCCGGGACGCCAGCCUGCUGCAGCCCUUCAAGGAGCUCUGCACGUACCUGAUGGAGGAGAACAACAUGAUCGUGUACGUGGAGAAGAAGGUUCUGGAAGACCCUGCCAUCGUGGGUGAUGACAGCUUCGGGCCCGUGAAGAAGAAGUUCUGCACCUUCCGAGAAGACUACGACGACAUUUCCAACCAGAUCGAUUUCAUCAUCUGCCUGGGCGGGGACGGGACCCUGCUCUACGCCUCCUCGCUCUUCCAGGGCAGCGUGCCCCCCGUCAUGGCGUUCCACCUGGGCUCGCUGGGCUUCCUGACCCCCUUCAACUUCGAGAACUUUCAGACCCAAGUGACUCAGGUGAUACAGGGGAACGCAGCUAUUAUUCUCCGGAGCCGGCUGAAGGUCAAGGUCGUGAAGGAGCUCAGAGGGAAGAAGAUGGCCCUCCCUAACGGGGUCACUGAGAAUGGGGUGCUGGCCUCGGACUGGGACACGGAGGCCGGGAAGCAGGUCAUGCAGUACCAGGUCUUAAACGAAGUGGUGAUUGACAGAGGCCCCUCCUCCUACCUGUCCAACGUGGACGUCUACCUGGACGGGCACCUCAUCACUACGGUGCAGGGUGACGGCGUGAUCGUCUCCACCCCGACGGGCAGCACGGCGUACGCAGUGGCGGCCGGGGCCUCCAUGAUCCACCCCAACGUGCCGGCCAUCAUGAUCACGCCCAUCUGUCCCCACUCACUGUCAUUCCGGCCCAUCGUGGUCCCUGCGGGAGUCGAGCUCAAGAUCAUGUUGUCACCGGAAGCAAGGAACACCGUGUGGGUGUCCUUUGACGGACGGAAGAGGCAGGAGAUCCGCCAUGGAGACAGCAUCAGCAUCACUACCUCGUGCUACCCGCUGCCCUCCAUCUGCGUGCGGGACCCUGUGAGCGACUGGUUCGAGAGCCUGGCCCAGUGUCUGCACUGGAACGUGCGCAAGCGGCAGGCCCACUUCACGGACGAGGAGGGCGAGGAGGAGGGCUAGCCUCGCCUCCGCGCGUGGUCCGCACGGUGGUCCCUCAGGCGUCAGGCGCCACGUCAUUCUGUCCGUGGCCAGAGCAGGAGCCCCAGAGUCUGCCUUUGUCAGCCAGAUCAGCCGUUUCUCACACCGCAAGUCUGACCUUUUUGCUUUUCUAUAGAAGCCAAGCGAGCGACAGCCAGGCCGUCCCACGAGCUGCACGGGCUCGUGUUCUGUCAGGGAACUUGGGGAUCCGCCUGUCACAGUGAGGGGUCAGAACACAGGGGCCCACCCUUUGGUGUGGAAAUAAAGGUCUCAGCCAGUCUUCCUUCAGCACAUGCUCCCCUAACCCUGCACCUCCCCGACCUCCCGGGGACCCGUGUGUGAGCACUUGGGAGGUGGGCACAGGCUGGGGGGGCGGUGGGUCCCGCCUCCUCCCCGGCUUUGGUGUGAUGGGGCCACAGUGAGCGUCACCCGGGAGCCUGGUGGGGGCCAGGGGAGGUCGACCCACACAUUCCUCACGAGUGAGUCGGCCCCACCCCGCGGGCAGUCUCAGACUCUGAUGCUGGUGCGCGGGUUCCGCUGUGCGCAAGGAGGACGCGGCGGGAGGGCUCGCCCUGCCCUAACAUGGAGCCUUAUCCCGUGUGUUCUCUGUGAUGUAUGUGGGACCUCUGUCAUGGCCACCAUGCAGGUGACUCUAGAAGAUUGGGACAAGCGUGUGAGAGUGGAGGGGAGUGCUGACGCUUCAUGCGGGUCCUGGGGUACAAGGACACCCCAUCACUCCAGCAUCGCCCUCCCUCGGCCUGCUGGCUGGGGCGUGUGCAAGCAUGUGCACGUUUGCCAGGCAGGACCCAGACCUGUGUGGAGUCCAUGGUUGGAGCUGAGGCUAGGUUUGCGUGUGGCCUUGGCCCCUCGCCCAGCAGAUGCCCUCAGUGGAGCCCGUGUGAGGAACGGGCUUCUCCGAGUGGGUUUCCAUCUGCUCCCCUCGGGAGAAGGGAGGGCUCAGCACCCCCUGGGCCUCACGCCGGGCGACGGUGGGCAGUGUCUCCCACUGCAGGGACGCACGCCCCAAUCUUGUGCUAAUGAGGUGUCCAGAGCCACACGCGUGGGCACCGUCUCUGCCCUCCGUGCCUGUGUGGACGUGUUGACUGAGUGCUGUGCCCGCUCUUGUCCCUGCUGAGGCCCCUCAGCAUCUGGACCUCAGUGGUGCUGGGCACUCGGCCUGGUGUUGGACACAGAGAUGGGCUCUCACUGCCACCUGCCCACCCACCUGGGGGCUGGUCUGCGGGCUGAGAGGGAGCCGAACCCGGACCCCGGGUCACUUGUGUAGACAGAACGCCAGCGCUACCCCCGCCCUGAAGCAGCAUGAUGUUGGGAUGGUCUAGAAAGCUAUGGGUUUUUGAAGUAAAUUCUAAAUGUUUCAUAUUGUUAAUAUCCUGAAAAUUUAUUAAAUGUUGUUGAAAGCCUUACUAUUUUCAGAUCCUUUCAAUAAACAGACUUCUUUGAA